UGGUCACAACUGUUCGAAUAUUAGAUCAGGAAAGAAAACAUAAAAAGCAAAAUAGAACUGUCCAGAAAUGCGCAGUUGCCAAGAUGUUGGAGCGUCGUCAGAGAGAAGUUUUAUCAGAAAUAACGGUCGACUAUCAUGCCGUGCCACUGCAUAGCAAUGCAACGGAAGAAAAUAGUCAAAACUCAAACGUGACAACAACUUCUUGCUGCAGACAAGCCACAGCCACGCUCGCGGCAAGGGAGCAACGUGCCUUAUGCUGUGCCCACAGCUACAUCGUACCUGUUUUUAUUUUAUUUGUGCUUGUGUUAAUUGUGCUGUUGUUGCCUUGGGAAACGCUAAAUAGUCGCACAGAGCCAAACACCCCCGUGGACGCGCCGUUACCUUGUCAACUCCAAUUGGUCGAGACUAUACCUAUUGGUCUAAAUUACGCUGACGACAGUCCCAAAUUCUUAAGCACGUUUGAAGCGUGGCAGCUGCUGCUUAACAAGGCGAAAAGCAGCAUAGACAUUGCGGCGCCGUAUUGGACACUACGCGGCGUGGAUGUUAACGAUAGCAGCACCCAGCUGGGGGAGCAGCUCUUUCAGCGUCUGCUCUCUAAUGGUGAUGCAGGAAAGCCCAAACUGCGUAUACGUAUUGCGCUUAACAAAAGCCAAGAGAGUGCCUGGCAUGCAGAUGCCAAGAUUUUUGAUAACUACGGCGCCGCCCAGGUGGUGGCCGUCAAGCUGGCCGAUGGCGGUGCACUGCACAGCAAGCUGUGGAUUGUUGAUGAACAGAACUUUUACUUGGGGAGCGCAAACAUGGACUGGCGCUCCUUAACCCAGGUAAAAGAGAUGGGCGUGCUGGCUCAAAAUUGUCCAGAACUAACGCAUGACCUUGCCAAGAUUUUCAAGGCAUAUUGGCAGCUGGGUAGAGAUGGAUUAGCUGGUACAAUGCCCAACCAUUGGCCUUGGCUUUAUCAUUCGCAUUACAAUCUGCAGCGUCCCUUGCUCAUACGUGUCAAUAAGAGCUAUACAAUGCAGGCAUUUAUAUCCAGCGCACCACCGCCUCUUACCGCCGACGGACGCACCCAUGACUUGGACGCCAUAUUAAACUGCAUCGAUACGGCGCAGCAGUUCCUACAUAUUGCUGUAAUGGAUUAUUAUCCUUUGCUAAUGCAUGGACGCAAAGUGCAAUACUGGCCUCCUAUAGACAAUGCACUGCGCAAGGCGGCUGUGGAACGUGGCGUUUCUGUAAGGCUCUUGAUUUCGUGGUGGAAACAUUCCGAUCCGAAUGAGGAUAACUAUCUGCGCUCGUUGCAGGAUCUAAACUCAGUUAAUAAUCAAGUUGAUAUACAAGUUCGUCGUUUUAUUGUGCCUUCGGAUGAGCAGCAGCUGAAAAUACCGUUUGGGCGUGUCAAUCACAAUGCUUACAUGGUGACCGAGCGUACCGCCUACAUAGGCACCUCCAAUUGGUCUGGCGAGUACUUUACCCACACCGCAGGUAUUGGUCUGGUGCUAAGCGAUGUGGACUUUGAGAAUAAUACGCAACACACGCUGCGCUGGGAUGUAAAUAGCAUAUUCGAAAGAGAUUGGCACAGUCCAUAUGCAUUGCCGUUAAAACAUAAUUUGCAACUUUGAAUUAUCGCGCUUCGUGUUUUUC